AUGAAUUGGAUAAGAGACCUCACCCGGCAAUCAGCCCGUAAUAUGGCGGUAACGACGACCACCGUCUCCCUCCCGGCGCAUGUUAGCUUCUGUUCGGUUUUUCCUUCUUCACGAGUCUCAUUCUUCAAUUUAAAGCAGCGGCGGAGCGUGAGAUGCGCAUUGUUCCCACCUGAAGCUCGGCAGAGCAGACGAUUCGUCUCAUUGUCGUUAGUUUUUCUCAAUUUUCUCUCUCUACCGAGAGAUGCUAUGGGUGGGAGCGUUUUGGACAAGUAUCUGAAAAAGAAAAAGCUGGAUCCAUUAGAGGCUUACAUACCUGCUGUUAUAUUGACUGAGUUGCAAAUUAAAGAUUUAGGGAAAUUUCUAGAAGUUGAUCAACCUAAAUUUGCUGAUUGCCGGAAUCUUUUACGAUCUGGACCUGCAGCGUCUCUCCGUGUUAAUAUUCGAGCUGUAGCACAAUAUGCUUCUGAUGCUGGGAAUGGCAUAUCUGCAUUCACUAACGUCGAUGGAUGUUUAAGAGCUUUGGAAGAACUCGAUUCCCUACUUCUGCGUGCUUCAAGGAAUGAUUCAGGAGCUUCAAUUAAAUCAAUGGAAAUGAAAAUUGGUACUGCACUUGAUGAAUUGGACAGUCUUCUUAAAACAGUUCCAACCGACGUGCUGGAGAAAGGAAAGGCCAUGGCCGAUGCAUAUAGGACUUCAGAAGAAGACAGGGAACUCGAAAACCUGGACCCGGAGUUGAAGAAAUUGGAAUCCAUACUCUGA